UACAUGGUCUCUUUGUACCAUCAUGUUAAUGUGUACAAGUGUUUGUCAAAAGGUGGCAGGUAUGCCGUUGCUAAUCUAUAAUUUCUAACUAAGAGAAGCAAUAAGUAAUGAGGAAGGUGCUCAUGGAUGUUAUUUUAAAGCUCUGUUCUUCAGAGUUUCUCACCAGGAGGGGGGGGACUGAACCCUUAACCCUGCCAGUGUUGGUGUGUUACAAUUACUUAGCAGUAGAAGAGAGUCAAGUCAAGGUUUCAAUUAUACCGAGCUGUCUUACUGAGCAGCUACAAGGUACCGUGUCUUGCUCAAGGACACUUAGGGCUGUAGAGUCAAUUAAAACCAGGACCAUGGUCUCGUGCUUUAAAGGAAAGGAGUACUUUGUUGAUUGCUUCUGCCAUGCUGACACAUUGUCGUGCUUGUGUUGUGCAGAGAGGUGAAGCAUCAUGGGGAAGCACAACAGCAAGCUGGCUCCAGAGGUCCUGGAUGACCUUACCAAGAACACCGAGUUCAACGAGGCAGAGCUCAAACAGUGGUACAAAGGCUUCCUCAAAGACUGUCCCUCUGGCAUCCUCAACCUGGAGGAGUUUCAGCAGCUCUAUGUUAAGUUUUUCCCAUAUGGCGAUGCCUCCAAGUUUGCUCAGCAUGCCUUUCGGACAUUUGACAAGAAUGGUGAUGGGACCAUCGACUUCAGGGAGUUUAUCUGUGCCCUGUCCAUCACCUCCAGGGGCAGCUUUGAGCAGAAACUCAACUGGGCCUUCAAUAUGUAUGAUCUGGAUGGGGAUGGAAAGAUCACACGCAUGGAGAUGCUGGAGAUCAUUGAGGCCAUCUACAGGAUGGUGGGCACUGUGAUCAUGAUGCGUAUGAACGAGGACGGGCUGACUCCGCAGCAGCGCGUCGACAAGAUCUUCUCCAAGAUGGACAAGGACCACAAUGAUGAGAUCACCCUGGAAGAGUUCAAAGAGGCUGCCAAGUCCGACCCUUCCAUCGUCCUACUGCUGCAGUGUGACAUGCAGAAAUAGAGAGAGAGAGGGAUGGGUGGAGAAACAGAGGGAGGGAGGGGAGGGGAGGGAUGGGUUAAGAGUUGAACUGAAACAGAAAGAAGAAGGAUGGGAGAACAGAUGGGCUGGGGAAGAAAGGGAGGGAUGCUGUUUGAGAAGGAGGAGAAGGAGGUAGGGAGGCUUUUCUUCAUUUUUCGAGACAGUGAUGACUGGAAAUGAGCUAUGUUUGGAACACAGUGGACCCUCUGAUUGAUGCCAUUCUUUUCUUCCAGACUGUCCCGCUGUGCAGUACAGUCCUGCUUCAGUCUAGCUGAGUUUCUUUACAAAUCCAGUUUGAUGAUAAAAUUCCUGCAGUUCCUUUGGCACAGACCUAAGAAAUAUUUUGGCGAUUUACAAAGGAGAUACACAGGAGUGUCACUCACACUUUACUGACACUGUCAGGCUCUGUGGCUGCACGUGAGAUUACAAGACUGCAGGGUGGCUUCAGUGCCAAGGUCUGCUUUCUAUGCUUGCAUAUUUUUUACAGUGAAUAAUUUGCUAUCUGAUCUUAAUCUUAAAAGAUGUAAUUGCAGAGAAGAUGGUGUAGAUGCUGUCAGUUAACACUGACUUCAGUGGUCAUGAGGAAAAAAUAUAAUAUUGGAUUUUCACAACAUAGCAUUAGCAGAUGUGUGCACCAGCUUCAUUUUUGCCCCAAAUCUCAUUUGAAGCCAUCUUUUUAAAUUAACAGCUCCAUAUUUGAUGUUUGACACCACUUGGUUAUGAAGCCACAGCCAAAAGACAGUUAGCUUAGCUGAGCUUAAAUACUGAAAACAGGGAGACAGGUACCCUGGCUCUGUUCUAGUGAUAAGAAAUCCACCUGCCACCUUUAAAACUAACUAAUUAACAUGUAAUAUAUUGUUUGUUUGGGCUGUACAUGGGCUGUAGUGUGAAAUGAAGUUGUAGUUUUACUGGGGUUUUAUGUUCACUGCUGCUGACCAAGAAGCAGUCUGGUUAACCCCUCGUAUAACUGCAGAUGCAUGGAUGAGAUUGUGUGUAAAUUCUAGCACUCAAAAUGCUAAUUUUGAAACACAACUGGUGUUUUGAUGCUGUGCCUUUUUCCAGGCCUGGAAAAGAGGCCAGCAUUGAAGGGCCAAAAACUCCAGUUCCUUGUAAAUCCAAUUUUACAGCAGAAAUAAACACACUUGCAUCCUGGUAUAAAAUGACAACUGUAUGGGGAAUUUUUUUUUAUAUAUAAAUCACUCUAAAUUUUAUUAAGGCUUAUAGUUAUGCAUAAUUAAGAGCACAAAUGCUAGUUGUCUAGCUAGCUGUUAGCAACCAGGCUUCAUUCGGUUUGCCUCAGCUCCACUCAUGUUCCAAUUCUUUGCCUAUUUUUGGAUUAGCCAGGAGUUAGUCAGAGUACUACCAAGACAUCCUUGUUUUGUACAGUCUAUAUGUGCACCAUGGGAUGGUUUGACAAAAGGAAUGGCAUUAAAGCAACAAAAUGCCUGUUGUUUGGUCCAUGUGGUCCAUCCAGAGUGACAAGAGAGAGAGACAAAUGCUGUGUUGAUAGAGUGAGAAGCAUAGAAAUGAACAAUGCUAUGAGUCAUGUGUAAGUUGUUGUUAUUUUUCAACAACCAAACCAGUUAUACCGCAUUUAAAGAAGGCAUUUUUGAUUUACAUUGCAGUGUGUAUGUGCUUGAAGUGCAAGGCAGGCAGAUGAUGAUGAUAUCUCAGAUGGCUGCAAGAAGCGUAAUGAUGUGCUGCUCAGUGACUUGUGGCUUAAGCUUUUCCACACAUGCUAACAUCUUAUCAGGCUGAUUAAUAGUUCUUUAUUUAAGGAUCAUGUCAUGAGGUUAGAAUAAAGCCUAGUCCUAUAUGUAGGUAAGGCAUAAUGUAAUGUACGCUUUCCCCAGCAUGGCUCUUUUUGUGAUUAUUUUAGGUUUAUGUGAAAGUCACCUGCAGUUUCAGUUCAGCAACAGUAAAUCUGACUGUUAACACGACAUUUAACUUCACAUUACUGAUAGUAUAUGAUUAUUAUUAUUAGAGGAAAAAUGGCAUGGAGUCACUGCAUCAGCUUGAUGUAAUUAAAGCUAACAUUUGGAGAAUUUUUAAUGUGAUUAUUAUCUUCAAAUUCUUUUGCUGGCAUAUGUUUUCAUUUGCAGAAAAAAGGUAAUGUGGGGCAAACAUAUUUAAACAGUACGCAUUGUGGCUUUAAAGCACCUGCAGACUUGGUAAAUUAAAUGAUCAAAAUUUUUUUUACAUUGCCAGAAACCGGCCAAAAUGUUUUGCCUUCGGUGUCUGAGGUGUAAUCUGUGUAAUUAACGAUCAGCAAUGUGAUUUGAUAAAUCAUUCUUCUAGCUUGUUUCAUCAUUAGGAAUCAUUAGACUAAGUUCCUCAGCUGAAAUUAAGCUAAUUAAGCUUAUUAACAUAGCUAAUUACACAAGAAGUCGCUAUGUCUUAUUUUGAUAUUUACUAAAUUAAAAGGUAGAAUUUUUAAAAUAGACUUUAAAAAAGAUGCACUUCAUGCUCAUUAUUGUAAAAUGAGACCACAGAAACAGAAACUGUAUGGGGUCUGUGCCGAACAAGAAAACAUACAGAAUAAUAUGAAACACAAUCUAGCUUCUCUGAGACCAGCAAUUUGAGCAACUGAUAGAGCCACUAGAAGAGUGUGGAGUGAGGAUAAUCAGGACAGUAAUUACAGGCCGUAUGACAGAAACGGUAUUUCUCUGAAAGGCCAAACCUGCCUCUGUGAUUCAUUGUUGUUUCACAUGAAAAGCUGAAAUAGCCAUCUCUCCUCUUCCUCUCCCACCACACUGCUCUCCCUCCCCCCCUUUUGUCUUCUUCCUCCCUAAAUGUCAGAGAGGAAGCGCUUUGAUAAUAGUUGGAGGGAGAGGAACUUUGCUGAACUCAGCUCAGAUCUAAAAUCAAUUCGAAAAAGAGCAAAAGGUUGAAGAGCCUGGGUGGUGUGUGUGUGUGUGUAGGCCUGUGGGUGCUCACCUGUUUGUGAAUGUGAAUAAUGGCAGAUAACUGGACAGUUUAAUGCUGUCUGUAACCUGCAUGAAACCGAAAGUCAGUUAUUCAGUCACAACAUAAAGGCUUCUGUAUUCCAUUAGAUUAGCUUAAAAAACAGGGCCAAUCUGCGGUUGGCCAUAUCUUUUAUUCUAAACAGAUAAAAUGCUGUUCUUUGUUUAACAUCUAAUUUUAUGUCAGUUAUGGAAAGCUGGAUAAAGAGAUUGAUACCACUGUUGUAUCUUUGUUAAGUAUGAAGCAGCCAGAGCACGGUUAGCUCCUAGGCCAGUUACCGCUCUGAGUAACGCCACAACUCUAAAAUAUAUUCUGACUCAGUGGGGUAGAACAUUGCAUUUGUGGAUCAUUCCAGACUUUCAGACACCUCAGCACAGCAGCAAAAACAUUUGACUUCUCUCCUGUCAUUCAGCCAGUGAGCACGCUCCCUCCCUAAAGCUGAAGCACCGGCCUCCUUUGUGCGAUAAUGUAACGAUAAAACUACAUGUACAUUAUAAUACAACUGUAAUCGUAUGUAUGAAUAUUAACAAAUAUAAUAUGUAAAUGUAAUUGUACCACUAGCUUAGACCUAAUUUCAUAUGAUGACACAGUUACUGUGCGUAUGUGUGCGUGCGUGCGCGUGCGUGCGUGCGUGUGUGUGCGAGAGAAAGCGUCAGAGUGAGCCUGUGUAAUAACUGUGAGCGCUUGUGACAGCUCUGUGUGUGCUGUGUGUCAGGACACUUUUGUGUUCCCGUGUUUUGGAUUUGUAUCAUUUGUGUAACAGGAGAUGCCUCAGUCUAGUUUAAGUUUGUAAAAAAAAAAAAAAAUGAGCAUAGGCCCUCACACGGAAGCACUGAGUAUUAUUACCCACACUUGCUUUUGUGGUCUGCUGAUAUAUACGAUAUGUACUGUCUCCAAUACGGGAUGGGUCAUUUCAUUUGCUGUAGCCUACUGUUACAGUUCUACGAAUAAUACUGACAUAAAGACGUUAUGUUUCACCAAAUGGCUUUGACCGGUAAGCAGUCAGCGGGGGGAUCUUUGUGAAGUGGAGCUUGUUGUUUGCAGGAAAAGCUUGAGGUGUGAGGGUGUCAGUGAUUAAAAAAAAAAAAAAAAAAAGAUAAAAACCUGUCUUGUGUCACAGUGUCACCCAGUGGAUGGAGGUAUAAUGUCACACCUCACAACAACUCAAACACUGUACAGCUCAGCUUUGUUCAUUAUGUAAGGAACAUGCCUCCAGAUCAAAACAGUGUAUGUUUGUCUGUAUGUGAACAUCACCGUUAGCCCUCCCUGUAUUGUCUUGUGUUUCUCAAAAGAUGUGCAGAAAUUUGAAAGUAGAGCGAAAUCACUUUAAGCUAAAGUAGAUAGGAUUUUUGUUUUGUUGCUGAUUUUUUUUUUAUUUGUUUGGCAUCUUUAUACUAGGGGUUAAUUAAGAGGCAGAAACAGAGACCAACAUGACCUCCUCAUCAGUGACUGAUGAGGAGGUCUUAUGAUCUCUUAUGAUCUUAGGGCUCUCUUCAGGAAAGAACAGUGGGUGAAGGUAUUUGUAAUGAGGGGUCAGAAACAUGACUGGAAAUGGAAGCUAAUGUUGUUCUGUAUGUCUUGCAUGUGUAAAUUUAUAAUUCUAUGCUCUUUCACCUUAACUUUAUAGGGUGACGAUUAUGCCAGUGUGUAUGUAUUUUUGAUUUUCCCACCCCAAGUGGCAAAACAAAAAUAAAAGUCAAGGAAAGUAAUUUGAAAGAUGAUAUUUAUAAUCGUAAAAAUUCCACACAGUUUUCAAUGUCUUGUCAUGCCACUCCACUAGCAGAUUUUUUGCACCUACUUCAAGAAACACAAAGACACAAGGCUGAUACUACCAGAAUGAAGGUCUUAAGAAUUAUUUGCAGUAUCCAAUUCAAAAUUGCUUUCACGAAAAAAAUCAGCAUUCACUCUAGAUUUAAUGUGCCAAAGAUGGGAUUUGUGUCACGUGAGGAUACUAAAAUGUGUGCUGUGGUUGUAUCAGCUGGAGUUAAACAUGAAGUGAUGCUGUAUUGAUCACCUUGUGAUGCUGUUCAUCAGCCGUCAGCUCCGGACGGACGCGCUGAGCUGUGUGACAUGAAUAUCAACAUGAAUAUUCUACUUUUUUUGUGACAGGAUCAUUUGUGCUCAAUUGUGCAAUAUAAUUCUAUUCUUCAACAUUUCUCUAUGAUGUUCAUGUAAAUGUCUCCUUGUCCUGUCUGAUGAUUUUGCUUUUGUUUUCGAUAUUCUUAGGCUCCUAGAACAAAGACAAUGUAAUUAUUUUUGUUACAUAGAAUAAAACAUGGAUGUUGAGAGUGACUGUGGCAUGUUGACACAUUUAAAUCUCACACAAACAUGACAGUGAGCCAAGGGUAUGAGUCACCGUCUAGCAAUGAUGUCACACUGCUGCAGUGAUGUCACCAGCCAUGCUGUUCUCAUGGUAACCAUGCUGAGGCUACAAGGCAGGGAGGGCAGUAUGUAAACACACACAAUGCACCAUCUCACUCUCCUGUAUUACCCCAGAUAUUUAUACAAAAGCACACACACUCAUAGAGAGUCGUAAUUCACAGUCAAAUGUAAUGACUGAGAAAUUUAAUGUUCCUUGAGGUAUCUGCAAACUCGUUCACUCAGCUGGACCGCAAUGGAGAAAUAAUUGAACACUGAAUGACUCAUAAGGGUUGAGCAUUAACUUUAUGAAUGAGUAUGAUGUUCUUCCCGUGAGGAACGAGAACACUAACGGGGACUUCUGUGCUUAAAAAUUGAGCUUUAUUAAAGAACAAUGCCACAAAGUCCUCACUUGAGUUAAUGUGUACAUGCGUGACAUGAGAUCAGUUUCUUUUGAGACCCCCAAAACACUGAAU